GUCCUUUCACUACACCGUCGCUUUGCCGCUGGAUGCACAGUGUUGUGGCGGUAUGCAGUAAGCAGUGCCACGAUCUUGUGCUGUAUUAAUUCAACGUAAGGUCGUAGUUAGUCCUCAUACCUUGGAAGACAUGGAGGCAGAUCUCUAUGAUGAGUUUGGUAAUUACAUCGGUCCAGAGCUGGACUCAGACGAGGAUGAUGACCUGGAGGCCGAGGACAGGGACAUCGACGAGGUAGAUGAAGAUGAUGAAGAUGAGCCAGGAGAAGGAGAUGAAGAUGUCCCUAGCAUGGAGGUGGUCCUGCAUGAGGACAAGAAAUAUUAUCCCACAGCCGAGGAGGUAUAUGGACCGGAAGUGGAGACUAUUGUCCAAGAGGAGGACACACAACCUUUAACAGAGCCCAUUAUUAAGCCUGUUAAAACCAAACAGUUCACACUCAUGGAGCAGGAGUUACCAGCAACUGUCUAUGACAUGGAGUUCUUGGCUGAUCUGAUGGACAAUCCAGAACUGAUCAGGAAUGUCACGCUCUGUGGUCACCUGCAUCAUGGAAAGACAUGCUUUGUGGACUGCUUGAUUGAACAGACUCACCCAGAAAUCCGGAAGAGAGAUGAUGCAGAUCUUCGUUAUACAGACAUCCUCUUCACUGAGCAGGAGAGAGGAGUUGGAAUCAAGAGCACCCCUGUCACAAUGGUACUUCCUGACUCCAGGGAUAAAUCAUACCUGUUCAACAUCAUGGACACACCAGGUCAUGUGAACUUCUCCGAUGAGGUGACCGCAGGGAUCCGCCUCUCAGACGGGAUCGUGCUCUUCAUCGAUGCUGCAGAGGGCGUGAUGUUGAACACGGAGCGUCUGAUAAAACACGCCGUACAGGAGCGCCUGGCCAUCACCAUCUGCAUCAACAAAAUCGACCGUCUGAUCGUGGAGCUCAAGCUCCCCCCCACCGACGCCUACUACAAGCUGCGCCACAUCGUGGACGAGGUCAACGGCAUGCUCAGCACGUACUCCACAGAUGAGAGCCUGGUGGUGUCUCCUCUCCUGGGCAACGUGUGCUUCGCCUCCCCUCAGUACAGCACCUGCUUUACACUCGCCUCCUUCGCCAAGAUCUACUCAGACACGUAUGGUGAUGUCAAUUACACAGAGUUUGCCAAGAGGCUGUGGGGCGACAUUUACUUCAACCCAAAAACGCGGAAGUUCACCAAGAAGGCUCCCACCAGUAACUCGCAGCGCAGCUUUGUGGAGUUUGUGCUGGAGCCGCUCUAUAAGAUCCUGUCUCAGGUGGUGGGGGACUGUGACACAUCACUGCCGCGAGUGCUGGACGAGCUGGGCAUCCACCUGACCAAAGAGGAGCUCAAGCUCAACAUCCGACCGCUGCUCCGGCUCGUCUGCAACCGUUUCUUUGGGGAGUUCACAGGUUUUGUGGACAUGUGUGUGCAGCACAUCCCGUCUCCCCAGACAGGGGCUCGAGCCAAGAUUGAGCACAGCUACACAGGCGGCCUGGACUCCGACCUGGCGGAGGCAAUGACCGAGUGUGACCCAGAUGGCCCUCUCAUGUGCCACACCACCAAGAUGUACAGCACUGAUGACGGGGUCCAGUUCCAUGCCUUUGGACGUGUUCUAAGUGGAACCCUGCAAGCAGGUCAACCCAUCAAGGUUCUUGGGGAGAACUAUACGUUGGAGGAUGAAGAGGACUCGCAGGUCUGCACCGUCGGCCGCCUCUGGAUCUCAGUUGCCAGGUACCAGAUCGAAGUGAACCGUGUCCCAGCAGGAAACUGGAUCCUAAUUGAGGGUUGUGAUCAGCCAAUCGUUAAAACAGCCACCAUCACAGAACCUCGAGGAAAUGAAGAGGCUCAGAUCUUCAGGCCGCUGAAGUUUAACACUGCCUCAGUGAUCAAGAUCGCUGUGGAGCCUGUCAACCCGUCUGAGCUGCCCAAGAUGUUGGACGGUCUCAGGAAAGUCAACAAGAGCUACCCCUCUCUGACCACUAAGGUGGAGGAGUCUGGGGAGCAUGUCAUCUUGGGAACAGGUGAGCUCUACCUGGACUGUGUGAUGCAUGACUUGCGCAAGAUGUACUCCGAAAUUGACAUCAAGGUGGCUGACCCUGUGGUGACCUUCUGUGAGACAGUUGUUGAGACCUCGUCACUGAAGUGUUUUGCCGAAACGCCCAAUAAAAAGAAUAAGAUCACCAUGAUUGCGGAGCCACUGGAGAAGGGCCUGGCAGAGGACAUUGAGAAUGAAGUGGUGCAGAUUACUUGGAACAGAAAGAAGUUGGGAGAGUUUUUCCAGACCAAGUACGACUGGGAUUUGCUGGCCGCUCGUUCCAUCUGGGCCUUCGGGCCUGACACCACUGGCCCCAACAUUCUAGUAGACGACACUCUGCCUUCUGAGGUGGAUAAAGCUUUGCUGGGCUCUGUGAAGGACAGCAUCGUUCAGGGAUUCCAGUGGGGAACGAGAGAGGGACCACUGUGUGAUGAACCCAUCCGUAAUGUGAAGUUUAAGAUCCUGGACGCAGUGAUCGCCCAAGAGCCGCUGCAUAGAGGUGGAGGACAGGUCAUCCCCACCGCCCGACGAGUGGUCUACUCCGCCUUCCUCAUGGCCACACCUCGGUUGAUGGAGCCAUACUACUUUGUGGAGGUUCAAGCCCCAGCUGAUUGUGUGUCGGCAGUGUACACUGUACUCGCAAGGAGAAGAGGGCACGUGACUCAGGAUGCACCUAUCCCCGGCUCUCCCCUGUACACCAUCAAGGCCUUCAUCCCUGCCAUCGACUCCUUCGGCUUUGAGACAGACUUGCGGACACACACUCAGGGGCAGGCAUUUGCGCUGAGCGUGUUUCACCACUGGCAGAUUGUUCCGGGUGAUCCCCUGGAUAAGGGGAUUGUGAUUCGUCCCCUGGAGCCCCAGCCUGCCCCUCACCUGGCCCGGGAGUUCAUGAUCAAAACACGCCGACGCAAGGGCUUGAGCGAGGAUGUGAGUAUCAGCAAGUUCUUCGACGAUCCUAUGUUGUUGGAGCUGGCCAAACAGGACGUGAUGCUCAACUACCCCAUGUGAAGAGAGAGAGAUCGCCCCACUCUUACUUUCCCCUGGAACAACAACCCCUUGACCUUCUCUCGGAAAACACACACACACAAUCAAACACGCUCUUGGUCUUCUUUAUUUUUAUACCAUUUUGUAGAGUGGGUCUAUGUAAUAUAGGCUUGUUUUUUUUAAUUUUAGUCUGAGGUAAUUAAGUUGUGAAAAUGUCCUUGUCUAAAUAAACAUGAUUUUCUUGUUA